CGCGAAGCUGGAGAUUGAGCGGGAGAAGAGAAGAGAAGGAGAAGGAGAAGGAGAACCCUAGCGACGAAAAUGUUCCAUCAUCUCUCACGAAAGAAAUCGUCGUCUUCGCUUUGAUUUCUGCGACUCUACUCGAAUCACAUAGCCAAUGGAAGAUAGUGGGAGAAACGGAGGAGGAGGAGCGGAAGCAGUGAUAAAUCUGGGUGUUGGAUCUUCGGUGCCGAUCUCGUAUCACCCAUGCUUUGGGCCUCACGAUGAUCUUCUUCUUCUAGAAGCCGAUAACAAUCUCAUCUCAGAUAUCUUCAACGGAAGGGUAACGUUGAGAGGACUACCUGAUGAGGAUGCUGUGCUCUGCACCAAGUCAAAGACUUAUGCAAUCAAGUUUGUUGGUAACUCUAACUCCAUGUUCCUUAUUCCUCCAACAAACUGCCCUUGUUUCAUCCAAGAUGAUGAUGCGAAUGAUGAUAAAGUAUCUGUCAUCAAACUCGCUCCUGGUAACAUGGAGCUCGUCGAGGUUUCUCCUAAGCUUGACAAACUCAAGCAGCUUCUCUUGGAAAGGCCUUUUGGUCCUGGUGAAGUAGAUGAUGCCAUGAUGAUGGAUGACGAUGGGACAGAGAAGAAUCUAGCUUUGUACACGUGGAGUGAUUUGGUUAACAUAAUCCAAGCGAGCGAUGAGGAGUUACGCAAGGGGUUGGAGAGUCUCUCUGCUAUCGAGAUUGACGGUUACUGGAGGAUUGUAGACGAGAGUUACCUAGACAUGAUUUUGAGGAUGCUGCUUAACAACUGUGUCCUGAACGGUUGGUGUUUCGAUGGUCUAGACGAGGAGGAUGUUGUCAGCGCGCUGGUUGCUGAUGAGUUCCCUAGCGAACUCGCGAGCCACUGUUUGCGCGUGUUUGGCUCUGAGGUGAAGGGAGCUGGUAAGUGGAAGCUGGAGCCGAGGCUUGUGUGUUUGCACUUCGCUAGGCAGGUGCUGAGAGAGGAGAAGAUGAGGGUGGAGAGUUUUAUGGAAGAGUGGAGGAAGAAGAUACCGGAAGGGAUGGAAGGAAAGUUGGAGAUGCUUGAAGGUGAGGUUUUGAGUGAGAGGAUUGGGAUCGAGACGAGGGUUUACACGUUUAGCGUACGGUCUCUGCCGUCGACUCCAGCGGAGCGGUUCGCUGUGCUGUUUAAACACAGACCGAAGUGGGAAUGGAAAGACUUGGAGCCUUACUUAAGGGAUCUUCAAGUUCCUAGACUUUCUAUGGAAGGUUUGCUACUGAAGUACACACGCAGAGCACAGUCUAGACCUGAUGCAGAGCCUGUAUUUAGUGCAAGGUAGCCAGUUUUCGUUUCUCACUAGAGCUUGUUUUUUGUGUUUUGUGUUGAUUGUUAUAAACUAAUAUUAAAUUAGUUGUCAGAAAUAUCCAAGAUCUUAUCUUUCUGUUAUUUAUUUUUGUUGGGCCAGCA